AUGGCGGCACGUCAAUCAACACCAAACUCCGAUCACUCGCACUCGGAUAAUGUUCGCAAGCGUGUAUGCAAAGCUUGUGAUCGAUGUCGCUUGAAGAAAUCCAAGUGUGAUGGAUCAAGCCCGUGUUCACGUUGUCGAGCUGACAAUGCAGUCUGCGUCUUUGGAGAACGAAAGAAGGCCCACGAUAAAGUGUAUCCUAAAGGAUACGUCGAAAUGCUCGAACAGCAACAAGCAUGGCUAGUCCACGGCCUCCAGGAACUCUACCGUCGUAGCACCGCAGGCGAAGGCUGGCCAGGAGACCGAUUAAAGGCCGAGCCCAACGGCCACCCAUUGACACACGACCUGCUUACCCGCCUGGGCGCCCUCGACCACACAAAGGGCGAACACUUCGAAGAGAAUCCAGACUCCAUGCAGCAAGAGCUCUGGCGCCACGGCAUGCAACGCCAGGAGUCAUCCGACGGCAGCUCCGAUGCUCAAUCCCCGGUCGCUCGUACUCGUUUCUCCUCCGACGCUUUCUCCCAGUCCCAGUCUCAGUCGCAACCUCAAUCUCAAACACAGACUAUGCCCCCUACCCCACCGACCUAUCAUCACAGCCCGACCGCCCGUGCCCCUAUCAAGCAGGAGGAUCCCAUGUCUGGGAAUAAUCCACCAUACGGCAUGUCGAUGCAGGGUGUUGUGAAUCCACUGGCCUUGCAGAGUCCCCCGCAGUGGUCGACUGCGGGUGGGUUUGGCGCUUUUGAUGAGAUGGAGAUGAUGUCUUCGGCGGAUUAUUCUAAUCUGUCGUUUGAGGAUCAGAUCCCUUCGCCUAUGUUUAGUCGACAGAUGCCGAUGAACUGUGUGCAGACCGAUUAUGAGGAUUUUAACCAGUUCCUUAAUCCGAAUCCUACAGAGAUCACUUCGAUCUAG